AUGGCGCUUUCAUCCUCAUUAUCAUCGCCCAGUGGAGCCGUCUCCAAGCGGCAGUCUCAACCCAUCGGCUGCGCUCCAAGGAAACAACUCAAUAACAUCGAGGUCCUCAGUCUGAUGCGCCAGCAACGAGAAUAUCCGAGCCCACUUAAAGAAUGGUCCCCCGUCCACCCAGGCAUCCAGCUUAGGGUAAACCUGCUCAACAAACUGCUCUCGGACCUCGAGUGUACCCAUGUCCGCCUCCAGCAAGAGGCUCAAAAGACCCAACAAGCCUCCCAAAUCGUCCAAGACUUCGCCGCCUGGCCUUCGAUAGCACCCGAGUAUGCCGCCAUCAAGGCAGCCAACCCGUGGCUAGCAAAACAAGCCGCCAAGUAUGCUCGGCCGGUCAUCGAGAAGGAGUAUACCCAGGCCAUUGCGUUUCUGCAGGCUCGGCAGAGGAGGGAACAGUUGCCAGAAGGGGAGAAGCUCAAGAGGAUAACGUCCGGGGAAGAGAGAACAUCAAGUCCGCUGUCGAGUCCCGAAGAACAUCGCGAGCUUAGGAAAAAGGCGAACAGUCAGGACUUGCGAGCAAGUCCCAUCACCCACCAAGGCUCGCCUGCUCACCGUCGACCAAGGACGCCCCCGGAGAAGGAAGGAAACGGAAGACCGAAGACGCCAGAAAGGCCCACGCCUAAUGUUGCGCGACGACCGCAGAAGACCCCGAGCCCGCGACAAAAGCCGCCAGUCAACGAGAUCAAGAAACUGCGCCUUACACCACACGGCCCGAGCAAACCUUCACCUUCCCAAACUGGUAGUACUCCGUCUGGUCUGUCUCCCAGUCCGAUGAUGCCGAACCAACUCUCGAAACCGAAUGCCUCGCCGUUAGCCUGCGUAGAAUCUAUGGGCAUCGUCCUCACCCCCGAACAAAGACUCGAAUUCUCCCAGCGCGCCGAACAGCUGGAAGCCAUGGCGUAUCUUGAGUUGCGUUGGCAUAGAUUGCACUACGCAAUGACGGAGAUCCAAGGGUUCUGCGUCCGGGGGCUGGCGGAGAGGGAAAGCGAACGGAUAGCCAAGAUGAUGUACCCGAUACGAAGACGCAGACCAAAUGUUGGUGGCAACGGGGUUUCUGCGCUGCGGGGGUUACUGGCGGGCCUGGACGAGGACGACGACGUGACGCUUUUCGGUAGCGACGAUGAUUCAGCCGACGACUUCGACGAUGAUGACGAUGACGACGAGUUCGAGAACGAACUGGACGACUAUGAAAAGGAGUGGGAAAACGAGCUGGAGGAUUCGGACCUGGACGACGAUUGCGACUCGGGAGAAAACGAUGACUCGGAUGAGGACGACUUCCCCGGCUCAGCAGUUGAGUACACCCGCAAAUACGUCAAUCGCGGCGCCGUCAACACCAGUAACACCCCGACUCUCUUUGCCCGCGCCGGAGCACAAAGUAGGCUGUCCAUGUCCGAGGACAAUGAGCAGCAGCAGCAGCAGCAGCAGCAACAACAACAACUUCCUCUCGACCCUCACCACCCAACGACCCUGCCGAACACGCCUCCCGUCGUUUCAGGCAUCAAACCCGAAACCGAAGAGGAGCCCAUCGCCCUAACUCCCCCCGCCACACCAAAACCCGCCCCGCGAAAAAUCAACCUCAACCCGCGCAACGUGACCCUUCCACCUUCCAAUCCGCGGUCCUCAACGCUGAACCUCAACCUCGGUCUCGCCGGCGCUGGUGGAAACCUGAAAAACAAAUCGAACCCGGCACUAGCCAAGGAGAUCGACACCCUCUUACCCUGCGAAAAGGAGAACUCGACAAGCACCCCGCUUAAAACGCUGAAUAUCAAUCGGAGUAAUGCGCGGCCGCUUGGUGAGAAGAAGGGGUUGGGUAUUGAUCUGGGGAUUAAGAGUAGGCCUGUUUUGGGCAAGUUGGGCGCAUCGGCGGCGGCGCUGGUAGUGAAGGAGGUUGUUGAUGGGGGAAAAGAGGAGGAGGCGGCGAAGGAGAAUCAACCGCCUGUUGUUGGGAGUGGUGGUGCUGGUGCAGGUGGCGAUGGAGGUGGAGGUAGACCUGGGCUACUGAAGCCGGGGCUGGGGAGGAGGUUUUCUUAUCAUGCUGGUGGUGGAAGGAUUUUGGGUUAG